AUGGAUGAGAUUUCUUACUUAUUUCUUGUCAACCUUUAUCAUAGAUCAAUGAAGCACAUUGUGAAGAAUAUGGCAUUGCUGGUUGGCAUCUCUGCCUCAUGGUUUGGCCUCUUCAAUACAUCUAUGGAAAUCACAAAAGCCCUUCCCAAGGGUAUGAAGAUUGCUGAUCUUUAUGCAAAAGAAGCUGUAUAUGGUUUGACACAGCUUUUGAGAGAGGAAGUCAAAAGUGCUCGUCUAGUUGCUAAUCCUGGAUUAUUUGAAGCAAAAGAGGAGUUGACAGAAAAUCAAGAGGAUAAGUACCUUGAAGAAUCGGUGAGGUUUGACUUCUCCAGCGGGAAAAAGUGGCACAUGGCGCAGCGUAAGUCGCAGAUUACGGAGCGAUUUAAGCAUUUUCUUUCGGGGAAAAAGUGGGAGAGUUGGAUACACCAUCAUCACAUUGCACAGAGUUUCAGUUUCCUACUCACAGCAAACACAUCUUCAUUCUCAAUACUUCGCGAAAUGGAAGAACGACUUCUCUUCGGUGUUGUCGAGGGAAUCAUCAAGAGUUUGGGCUCACCGGCUUCCAAAGAGAUCGGUCUGCUCUGGGGUGUCGAAGAUGAGGUUGAAAGACUGGCCAACACCGUUUCUACAAUCAAAGAUUUGCUUCUGGAUGCGGAGGAGAAGCAGGCUGUAGGAGAUCAUGCAGUUGCACGUUGGCUCGGAAGGCUAGAAGAUGCCAUGUAUGAUGCUGAUGACUUGCUGGAUGCUGUUUCUACUGAAGCUCUGCGCAGGGAAAUAAUGACCCAUGAUAAGAAUGUCAAACAGGUACGCAUUUUCUUUUCCAAAUCAAACCAGCUUGCCUAUGGUCUUAAAAAGGCCCAUAAGAUUAAGGCCAUGAGAGAGAGGUUAGAUGCCAUUAACGCAGCUGCUAGAGAUUUCCACUUAAAGGUGCGCCAAGUAGAGACACGAGUCAGGAAUAGGGAGAGGGAUAACACUCAUUCUUUUGUACCUGUGGAUAAAGUUAUUGGUCGAAAAAAUGAUAAGAAGGCAAUUAUAGACCGUCUGGUGGACUCCAAUGUUGAAGAGAAUGUUUCAAUCCUUCCAAUUGUUGGCAUCGGUGGAUUAGGAAAGACUACACUUGCUCAACUCAUUUUCAAUGAUGAGCAAAUCGAAAAGCAUUUUGAGCUAAAACUGUGGGUUUGUGUCUCUGAUAACUUUGAUGUUAAAAAUAUUGCUGAAAAAAUCUUAGAAUCUGCAAUAAAGAGGAAGCCAGAAACUAUUGAGAUGGAUACAUUGAUAGGUUAUCUCAAAGGAAAAAUCGAUGGAAAGAAAUACUUACUUGUGUUGGAUGAUGUGUGGAAUGAGGAUCAAGAAAAAUGGUCUCGCUUGAAAGAAUUGUUGGUGGGUGGUGCAAGAGGCAGUAGAAUAUUAGUGACUACCCGCAACGAAAGUGUUGCAAGGCUUACUGGGACAGUUCAAUCAUAUUUCUUGAGGGGUUUGGAUGAAGAUGCGUCAUGGUCUUUAUUUAAGCAAGUGGCAUUUGGGAAAGGACAAGAGCCAGAGAAUUCAAGCAUCAUAGUACUUGGGAGGGAGAUCUUAGAGAAGUGUUUAGGUGUCCCACUGGCCAUAAGGACAAUCGGAGGUUUACUAGGUUCCAAAAAUCCUGAAACAGAGUGGUUGUCUUUUAAAAAACAAGAACUCUCAAAAAUAUCUCAGAAAGAAAAUGACAUCUUACCAACUCUGAAGCUGAGUUAUGAUCAUCUUCCUUCAGAGUUGAAGCAUUGCUUUGUUUAUUGUAGUUUAUUUCCAAAGGACUACUGGAUUCGUAAAUCAUUGCUGAUUAAUCUUUGGAUAGCACAAGGGUGCAUCAAGUUAACGGAUCACAGCCAAUGCUUGGAAGAUGUGGGCCAUGAGUAUUUUAUGGAUUUACUUUGGAGAUCAUUCUUUCAAGAAGCUGAAAUGGAUACAUUUGGUAACAUAAUUGGAUUCAAAAUACAUGACCUCAUACAUGAUCUUGCUCUAUCAGUAGCAGGAUCAUUGAUCACCACAUUUGAUGAUAAGGAGAGAAACAUUGAUGAGAAAACUCGCCACGUAUCAUUUGGUGGUUACGAUAUAGAUAUUUCUUCAUUGUGUAAUGCAAGUAGGAUACGGACAUUUCUUUGCCUCGAUGAUGGUUACGUUGACCCAUCGAGGCGAAGGAAUAUUGAUUGUAAUGCAAUUUUUUCAAGUUUCAAGUUCUUGCGCUUUUUGAAUCUGCAUCUCAAAUUUCUUGAUUUUGUACCGAGCUCGAUCGGGAGGUUGAAGCAUUUAAGAUAUCGUGAUCUUUCUGAAAACUCCAAGAUGAAGAAGUUGCCUAAUUCUAUAACUAGGUUGCAAAAUUUGCAAACACUAAGACUCUCCAAUUGUACUGAGCUUGAAGAAUUACCAAGAGACAUUAAAAAAUUAGUCAACCUCAGGCAUCUUGAGAUAGAUGGAUGUCUUUCUUUGACUUAUAUGCCACUUGGAUUGGGGCAACUGACUAAUCUUCAGACGUUAUCAACAUUUGUGGUCCACUGGGAUCCUCUCUCUAAGUAUAACAGUGGUUUAAAAGAACUAAAUCGUCUAAAUAACUUGAGAGGAGAGUUAGCAAUUAUAUAUCUGAGACAUGGGGAAGGUGUUGCGUCAGAAUAUAAGGUUGCAAAUCUAAAGGAGAAACAACAUCUUCAUACUUUGCGUUUACGGUGUGAGAAUGAUGAAGCGCCAUUGGAAGACUUUCAACCGCACCCAAAUCUGAAACAACUUGAAGUAAAUUAUUAUCAGGGUUCAAGGCUUCCGAGUUGGCUUUUGUCACUCACAAAUCUUGUUAAAUUUGAAUUAUUAUUUUGUGAGAAAUGCCAAUAUCUACCACCAUUGAGUCAACUACCUUCUCUCAAGUAUCUUUCUCUUCAACAUCUUUAUGCCAUGGAGUACAUAUCAGUUAGCGAUGAGUUCUCUUCUUCUUCAUCGGCACGAGUACCGUUCUUCCCAUCCCUCAAGGAAAUGAGUCUCUAUCGCUGCCCUAAUCUCAAGGGGUGGUGGAAGACGAGGGAUUCUUCUGUGGAGAUCAAUUGUAAUAAUAAUAAUUCUGUUGAAAUAACGGCGAGAGUUGGUCUUGUGGAAUGCAAGCUUGAAGCCACUGCAACAAACAAUGAUGAUGAAUAUGGAAGCACAACAAAGCCCAACGUCAACAACAAUAACCUCCUCUUCAUCCAGUCCUCUCUCAAAAUUGAAGUGUAUAAAACUAAAAUCCAUUGCAGAUCUAGAAACUCUGCCAGAGGAGUGGUUGAAGAAUCUCACUUCUCUUGA